CAAGUUUCAGGAUGUUCCUAUCAAAGGUACCACUUAUGAGAUAUCCGAAAUUGUUGCAAUAUGCCAAAAAUGAUUCAUUCAGUCAUCCCUUAUGUACACAAAAACAACCAUCACAAUUUAAGAUUGAAAAUCAAAAUGAGCAGCAGUUUAUGAAAGGAAAACUGGAUAAAGGUAUCAAAAUUUCUUCCAUUUCUUCUAUUUGGUGCAUUUAUCAUUAG